CGGAAAGAGAGAGAGGGUCUUCUCCUUGUUCUCGCGAGCGGGACUGGUUCCGACACGUUUGUCGGUUUUUUGUUUCUCGUUUGUUCCUUCUUCUUUUUUUCGGGCGACGUGCGAUUCAUCGUUCGUGGGUAUGCCGGUGGGGAUGAUGGAGGACGGGAGGGAGUGCUGCUGCUAGCGCGAGGGUUUUGGCUUUGGUGUUCUUUCCCGCCGUUGGAUGGGAAUUUGUGGAGAGGAAGCGGGAGAGAGAGAUGCGGAAGUCGUUCAAGGACUCGCUCAAGUCGCUCGAAGCUGACAUUCAGUUCGCCAAUACUCUAGCUUCAGAUUACCCUCAGGCAUAUGAUGGUGCCUGUCUUCAGAUGAGAUUAUCCUAUAGCCCAGCUGCACGCCUUUUGCUGUUUCUUGUUCAGUGGACCGAUUGCCACCUCGCCGGUACCUUAGGAUUGCUUAGGAUUCUCAUUUACAAGGCUUAUGUAGAUGGCAAGACCACCGUGUCUAUUCAUGAAAGGAAAGCUAGCAUCAAAGAGUUCUAUGGUGUGAUAUUUCCCUCUCUCCUGCAACUUCACAGAGGAAUAACUGACGUGGAAGAGAGGAAACAAAAAGAAAUGUGUGCCACCAAGUACAAAAGAAAAGAUGAACUUGACAAGGGAAAGCUAACUGAAAUUGAUAUUGAGAGAGAAGAGGAAUGUGGUAUUUGCAUGGAGAUGAGCAGCAAGAUCGUACUGCCUCAUUGCAAUCAUUCUAUGUGCAUGAAGUGUUAUCGUAAUUGGCGUGCCAGGUCUCAAUCCUGCCCAUUCUGCCGGGACAGUCUCAAGAGAGUUGACUCUGGUGACCUAUGGAUAUAUAUGUCCGGUGUCGAGAUCAUUGACCUUAACUCCAUCGCCAGAGAGAACAUGAUGAGGCUGGUGAUGUACGUAGAGAAGCUUCCUCUCAUAGUCCCGGAUCCCGGGCAUGUCUCCUACGAUCCUCAUUUCUGAUGAUUUUUCCGGUGGAGGUGGUACUUGGACAUAGAUUAUGUUUGUAGAUAAUACAUCACUGUGCAUAUGUUUAUUCAUCACAUUGCUAGUUGCAACCCAUUUAGAAUUGUAUAUAGAUGUAUGAUCAAUAUAACUUGGUGUAUGUGUAUUCAUAUUCUUUUCAAUGAAAGUGUAAAGCCCAGAGGCUCCUUUGGUGCACUGA